AUGCAGGAGGUAGCGAAGAAACGGCCGAUAAUCUCUGCAAGAGAAAGAGGCCCGGGCCCUGGACGCUACGCUCUGCCCCCCACAGUGGGAUACAUCAACCAUGACGUCACCAAGCCCAGCAGCCCUGCAUACUCCUUUCACAGCCGCAUGAGCAGUGCCAUGGUCUCCGUUGACUCCAGCCCAGGACCGAGGUACCACAUCGACGCCAAGGUCACCCGGUUUGGCCGGAUGGAAACCCCCUCCUACUCCAUUUUGGGCAAAGGAAGGCGCACAGGGGAAAAUAAAGAGUUGUUUAAGACUCCGGGGCCGGGCACCUACAGCCCAGAGAAGGCUCCACCUCUCAAUGCUCACCACAGACCACCAUCCUACACCAUCGGCUCUCGCACCAGAUACCGCUCUGUGGAUCCGGUACCGGCCCCCAACAGCUACAGACUUCCUAAUCUGCUGGGCGGCCAGGUUCCUAACAAACCCUCCAGCGCCAGCUACAGCUUCUCAGGCAGAAGGGAGGUCGGAGCUCCCUCAGAAGUCCUCGCCAUGAGCCCCGGACCAGCUAAAUACAACACCACCAACCCCGACAUCAUCCACCAGCGCCAGCCCUCCUUCUCCAUGCAGAAACGGACCAAAAGGCCUAAUUAUUCCUCGGCUAUUCCCGGCCCGGGUGCAUACAGCCCGGAGAAGUUUCAUUUGCAUCUCCCCAAACCACCGUCCUUCACGUUGGGUGUCAGACACUCAGAGUUCGUCACCCCGCUCGUGUUGGAGGUCAUUGACUGACAGGUCUGUGAAUUCAAUAUGAAUGCUUUGAUUUUA